AACGACUACCUACCUGUGCAUUACAGCUUUGGCAAUCAUGCUGCUGCUGGUCGGAUAUCAAAAUACGAAAACAAACCAUAUUGCACCAAUCACAGUCCAGGUCCAUCAAAAGGCAACAACAGAUAAAAAGGACAUACAAUCGAUCCCGUUGAAAGGUUAUAUAGUUUAUGACUGUGGUGAUCAACAUCCGGGACUCUGUGGGGGAUGGUCUGACCGUAUGUCGGGCAUGUUUAGUGCCUACGUCAUUUCUGUUAUGCUACGUAAACAUUUUCUCAUUAGGUACACACGAUCUAGUAAUUUAACAGAUUAUCUUGCUCCGAAUUCAUUCGACUGGAAAUAUAAUUCGGCAAUACUUGCAAAUAGGUCUUGGGGUUAUCAGAAUUUUGUUUCGGAAACUCCAGAUGCUAUCAAGAAGCAGGAUUUAACAGGUCUAGACACUCUUUUCUCUAAAGAUGUCAAUUUUGUCCGUAUUAACUGGGAUUACACUGAACAUUUUAGAAAGUUUCCAGGUUUACAGAAAGUUAUUCCAUGGUUGUUAGAGCUACAUUUUUCUGACAUUUAUUUAAAAUUUUUCAAUACCCUUUUCAAACCUACAAAUAUGAUCACUAAAGCAGUAAAUAAGGUUGUACAAAAUGUUACCAAACUUGCAUGUGCUCAUAUUCGUAUUGGAAGAAGUGACACGAUAAAAAUAGAUGCCAAACAUACGGACGAGAAACAACUCAUACACAUCUGGAAUCUUCUAAAGACAAUGGAAGCAAGCAAUUAUAGCAUCUUCAUAGCGACAGACGCCGAAUUCGUGCAAAGGAGAGCAAGGACGUUAUUUAAACAUUUGCUUGAAACCGAAGGACGAGUCCUACAUAUAGACCGGAGUGCUGAAGGAGAUGGUGUGGUUGGCGGUUACAAGAAAGUAGUUGUGGAUUUUUUUGUUCUCACAAAAUGUGAUGUUUUGGUAUUAACCCUGAGUGGGUUCGGAAUUAUGUCGUCCUAUCUGAAUACCAAGGUUUCCCAGCUAUACUGCCUAACGCCACACGAGCUAGUUCCCUGCUCCCGGUACACUGUCCAUAAUGUCAUCCCCGGACAAGUUCUCUCUCCUGUCUAGUGAUCUGGAAACUGGUCACCCUCUGUCUAUAUAACAACAUUAAAUACAAAAAAAACCAACACCGCGUAGCUCUCUUUACCGUUAUUCCGGAUGUUUGGAUGUGGCUAUUCCUUCCUUCAGACAAAUAAACAUGAAGAUAGAUGUUUUCGUUUUUGGUAAACAAAACAACUUUAUACAAGCCAAAAUGAUUCAAAUAACGGUAAAGGGCUAUCUUGUUCUAAAUGACCAUCAUUUGCAAAUGUUUUAUAAGAGAACUUCCAUCUUCUUACAUAACACCAAAUGAUCAUUCCGCCGUUGGCUAUGAUGGCUUACUCGGUCUGUACCUUCGAUAGUCUUGUAAGCUUCAAUCAAGAGUGUAGUACUACAUAUGGUAGACGUUUGAAGCAUAUACAUAAUAAUGCAUCAGAAGAUGAAGUUUA